AUGUCAAUUUAUAAAAAGGAUAAUUUUUAUUUAAAAUCAGACGGGAGAUCAGCUUGGUACAGAUUAGAUGGAACGAAAUUUAAUUGUUACUUGGUUGGUGUAGCAGGUGGCAGUGCAAGUGGAAAAACUAGUGUAUCACAGCGUAUCAUUGAGAAUCUUAAUGUGCCAUGGGCCUUCCUUUUAAGCAUGGAUUCUUAUUAUAAAAUAUUAACACCUGAACAAAAAGUAAACGCAUUUAAUAAUAAUCAUAAUUUUGAUCAUCCUGAUUCAUGUGAUUUUGAUUUAUUGUAUGAGAAUUUAAAAGAUUUGAAAGAAGGAAAACGUGUAGAGAUUCCAAAUUAUGAUUUUAAAACUCAUUCUCGAUUACCUCAAUCAACUACUUUUUAUGGAGCAAAUGUUAUUAUAUUUGAAGGAGUCUUUGCACUUUAUGAUCAAAGAAUUAUUUUUGUGGACACUGAUGCAGAUUUAAGGCUUAUUCGUCGAAUAAAUCGUGAUAUUAAAGAAAGAGGUCGUGAUAUUGAAGGUAUUUUACAGAUAAUUCCACGUGGCCGAGACAAUGAAGUUGCCAUAGAUUUAAUUACAAAACAUAUACAACGUCAACUUAAUGAACAUAAAUAUAAUUUUCGAUGGGAUAUUGCGAAAAAAGAUUGUGGCAAAGAUCUACCAAAUAACGUAGUUUUGUUGGAUCAGACACGGCAAUUAAAAUGUAUGCAUACAAUUAUUCGAAAUCAAGAAACACAACGUGAUGAUUUUAUAUUUUAUUCAGAAAGAUUGGCAACAUUAUUGGUGGAGAGAGGUCUUUCUGAAUUUUGUUUUAAAGAACAUAAAGUAAUAACCCCACUUAAUGUACCAUAUGUUGGUAAAAUAUGGGAACAAAAGCUUUGUGGUGUAUCAAUUCUUCGUGCUGGUGGAACUAUGGAAACUGGACUUCGAAGACUUCAUUUUGUUAAGCUUCCUAAUAAGAUUAAUGAAUGUAGUGUACUACUCAUGGAUGCACAAAUUGCAACCGGAGCAGCAGCAUUAAUGGCAAUUAGAGUUUUACUUGAUCACAGUGUACCCGAGGACAAAAUAGUUUUUUUAUCUUUUAUUGCAACACCAUUAGCUUUACAUGUGAUUUCAAACGCAUUUCCUAAAGUAAAGGUUUGCACUUCAAUGAUUGAUCAAAAACUUGAUGCUGAAACUUUAUUUAUUGAACCUGGAAUGGGAAAUUUUGGAGAUAGAUACUAUGGUACUUGA